AUGAAGUCCGGCGCCUUCUUGUAUGCCGUUUUGCUCGCAGCCGCUGCGGUGCAAACCCAUGGCUCGCAAUUUUCACUGAAGGCCAGUCUCGACCUUGACGGCAAAUCGUCGGACGAGGAACCGUUCACGUCCCCUGAGAUCCCCCACGACCACGUCCGACCAAUUCCUCAGCUGAAGCCCAAGACGAAGGAUCAGGAGGUGGCCAUCCGAUUCAAGCCGCAGAUCAACUUUGUCAACGGAUGCCACUCGUACCCGGCGGUGAACGAAGAGGGUGAGCAUGGCGGCGGUCUCAAACCGACGGGAGCUUUUGACGGCGACUGCGAGGAACCUACAUACGGGUCUCAAAUCUACGGGCGUGCGACUGUGCACAAAGGCAAACUGUGCAUUAUAUACGCUUUGUACUUCCCGAAGGAGAUGUCGAUUUUUGAAUCCAGCCACCGUCACGAGUUUGAGCAUGUUGCCGUGUGGACUGACGACCCCGAACGUGAAGAAGAGCCGGCGGUGCUGGCGGUUAGUGUGUGGACGGGCAAGCAGUACGUGGAAAUGGCUCCACCUGGCCCCGAAUUCAUGGACGGGGACAGCGUCCAGCUCAGGUACAUGAGCAGAGAUUCUUCUUCUCACAAGCUCAGCUUUACCAAGAAAUUUGGUAAAUCUCAGCCAUUGAUCAUGUGGGAUCAACUCAAGAAGGAAACUCGCUCUGCGCUGGAAACGGUGGACUGGGGCAAGUCACAAAUGCCCUUGAAAGAUUCCGAGUUCAUGAAGAACGUGGAAGGGUCGUGGCCUUUUGACACAGCGAAGUGA